CCUAAAGCGAUGCCUAGCGCCUGCAUGCCUGCAGAAGACUGUUUCCUUGGCAACUUUGCGAUCAGUCAACAGAAUUGUAAAUCAUGGCGGCCGUCGCUGCAGCAAAGGUGCAAGAAGUUCGUGAGAUUACUAGAAUUGAGCGCAUUGGUGCUCAUUCUCACAUUCGAGGAUUGGGACUGGACGACAGUUUAGAGCCGCGCAAUGUUUCUCAAGGUAUGGUGGGCCAGCUCAUGGCUCGAAGAGCAGCAGGAGUCGUGCUGGAAAUGAUCAAGGAUGGCAAGAUCGCAGGGCGAGCAAUUUUGUUAGCUGGACAACCGGGCACUGGUAAAACUGCAAUUGCGAUGGGAAUGGCCCAAGCUCUUGGUCUGGAUACCCCGUUCACCUCAAUGGCAGGCUCGGAGAUUUAUUCCUUAGAAAUGGGUAAAACUGAAGCACUAACUCAGGCGAUACGAAAAUCAAUUGGAGUGAGAAUCAAGGAGGAAACGGAAAUUAUCGAAGGGGAGGUAGUAGAGAUUCAAGUUGACAGACCAGCUACCGGUGUUGGCGCUAAAGUAGGAAAGUUGACAUUGAAGACGACCGAGAUGGAAACUAUUUACGAUCUGGGCAAUAAAAUGAUUGAUAGCCUGAUGAAGGAGAAGGUACAAGCUGGAGAUGUUAUUACGAUUGACAAAGCCACUGGAAAAAUCAACAGACUUGGCCGUUCGUUCACACGAGCCCGGGACUACGAUGCGACGGGAUCACAAACCCGUUUUGUACAAUGCCCAGAGGGGGAGCUCCAAAAACGGAAGGAAGUGGUACAUACGGUUACUCUGCACGAAGUUGAUGUUAUUAAUAGCAGAACUCACGGAUUUUUGGCACUGUUUUCCGGAGACACGGGGGAAAUAAAGUCUGAAGUACGGGAUCAGAUAAAUGCCAAGGUUGCAGAAUGGCGAGAAGAAGGCAAAGCUGAAAUCGUACCAGGUGUUCUCUUCAUCGAUGAAGUACACAUGCUAGAUAUUGAGUGCUUUUCAUUCCUCAAUAGAGCCCUAGAGAAUGAGAUGGCACCUGUCGUUAUAAUGGCGACUAAUAGAGGAAUCACCAGGAUUAGAGGCACGACCUACAAGAGCCCCCACGGCAUACCGAUUGAUCUGUUGGAUCGAAUGAUUAUUGUGCCCACAAGUCCAUAUCAAGAAAAGGAUCUCAAAGAAAUUCUCAAGAUUCGAUGCGAAGAAGAGGAUUGUGAGAUGGCCGAUGAUGCCUUGACAGUAUUGACCAGAAUAGCCUUAGAGACGUCCCUCAGAUAUGCUAUUCAGUUGAUCACCACUGCGUCGCUUGUUAGUCGAAAGCGCAAAAGUACUGAGGUGAACAUCGAGGAUGUGAAACGUGUGUAUUCCCUAUUUCUUGACGAAAACAGAUCUUCACAGUUUUUGAAAGAAUAUCAGGAUGAAUUCAUGUUCAAUGAACUGGAAGAACAAGCUAUGGAAGUUGCGUAAUAACUGUUUGGAUUCAUCUAAUUUCUUUCCAAAGUUGGAUGCAGUUGACAAAGUCGCAGGUUCGGAGUUGGACAAAAAAAUAUAAUUCUAUCACACAGAUAUUGUGAUUCCAAAACAAUUCGCCGUUUCGUCGCACUGUUUUUGUGUUAUUUACCUUUAUAUAAUUAUAAUUGGUAUGCGAAACUUUGCUAUCAACAUGUACGAGCAUACAAGUAUAUAAAUAAUUAUACGACGGUUUAUUAUGAAAUAAUAAAAAAUAUAAAAAAUAUAA